AUCUGUCUGCGCAUGCGCUCUUCUCCCUCAAACCCACAGUCUCGAGCAAAAACCUACGACGCACAAACAUCAGUGAGGAGCAGCCCCCUUCUCCUGCCACCACGGGACAUCUCAUAUGCAUUGGGUUCGUGAGUUCACUUGAUGUCGGCACCCUCAGGGGGUGGGAGGGCCUGCAGAAUCAAAACCCAGUCAUCACAGGUGAAACCUCCAACUAGCACAUCUGUGACCACCCUCAUGUUCCUACAGAGCACCAAAUAGCUCAUUCUGGAAAAAAAACACUGCUUCAGAGCUAAAAGGGACUUACUUCCAACAUGGAGGGUGUAGCCAUCGACAACCUUAUAGACUUUGACCUACCCUCAGAGGCCACAACUCUCAGCAUAGAUGGAGGCCAACAUCAAGGCCAUACAGACAUUUUCUCCCCAGAGCCGACAUCUUCCAUGGGAGUCCACCAGCAGCCCUUACUGCCAGAGCCCAUGGCGCCAACCAAGCCCAGCCCUCACCACCACCACCACAAUCACCAAGAGGAAGGAGGCAAUGACAGCGAUGCUACAGAGUCGGCAGACAGCGAGAAUGACAUGGACCCGCCAUCGCAUAUGUGGGAGCUGAGGAGGUCGUCAUCUUCGUCCGCCCACAGUGGAGAGGAGGCUGAUGCAGAGACAGUGGAGAGGAGGCAGUUCAUGAAGGCUUAUGUGGAGAAGGUGUUUCAUGGAAGGGAGGACUUUGACCAGGAAGAGAAGGCUCGUUUUGGAGAGCUGUGCAGUGGAGAGAACGGCAAAGGCAGGGAGUGGUUUGCCAAAUACGUCAGUGCACAGCGCUGCCACUCUAAAUGUGUGAGUGAAGCCACCUUCUACAGACUGGUGCAGUCUUUUGCGGUUGUGCUGUUUGAAUGUUACCAGAUGGAUGACUACAGCCCAGCCAAAAACCUUAUGACGAUGUGCUUCACAUACUACUACAUUGGGAAGUCCCAGCCAUCUCCCUCAGAGUUGCUGGAUCGUGGUGGUCCUCCAGCUGGUCUGGACUCGUACCUCAACAAGGCCAACUUCUGGCUGUCCGGGAAGAAGGAUGCUGCUGAGCGCCUCCUCAAGAACACAUCUAAAAGUGACGUCAAAGGCUUCUUUGGAGGCUUAGAGAGCAAGCUAAGAAGCUCAAUAGCUGCCAAGACUGAGGAUGGUGAAAGCCCAGUUGAGACAAAGCCCAAAUCACCAGUGUCAGAGGCUCCAGAGGAAAAGAAAGGAGAGAAGGUGUAUCUGUACACCCACCUGAAGCAGCAACCCAUCUGGCACACAUUAAGGUUUUGGAAUGCUGCAUUUUUUGAUGCUGUCCAUUGUGAGAGGAAGAAAAGAUCACCAACCACGAGGGGAGCGCAGGAUGAAGAGAAAGACGAGAGGGAGAAGUGGUGUCAUAUGACCCAGGAGGAGAGGGACGACACCUCCAAAAUCGAUGAAAACAUCGCCUUCGGCCAACUCGGGACAUUUACUCAUAACAUGCUGGCGUUUGGGCUCAGCAAGAAGCUCUGCAAUGACUUCCUGAAGAAGCAGGCUGUCAUCGGGAACCUGAAUGAAGAACAGUACAAGUUGCUGACUGACCACAUAGAGAAAAUGGCGGCAGAGUGAGUUUGAGGACGACAGGCCGCAUUUCAAAGUCUCCACACAACAGACUGACAGCACAGACACACACAUCAGCAAUUUCUUGGCAACUCGGUGUCACAGUGACCAACUCUUUGUUUGACUGUUGUUGCAUUUAUGUGAUGCACUGCUGAUAAACAACAUAACUUACUGUACUGAACUGUGCCGUAGUUGUAGCAAAUCCUGUAUAUCCAGCUUGGUAGUGCUCUUCUGCACCCUGUCUUGUAUCAGCAAUAAUACAACAUCAUUAGCCGAUGCAUACUUAAAUAUCUGUAACGCCUCUGUCUGUGACCUGCUGGACUAAAAGCAUAAAGUGAAACCAUCCAGUAUAAACCUAAACAGCCUCAGUAUGGUGUCAGACACUCUGGAUUUAUACAUUAUACACAUGAUGUGUAAAUUAUAUAUCCUCAAUGCUGUUUUUCUUCUGUGUUUCCAUGGUAACCACAUUUAUUAUAUGUUAGCGUAUCGCAUCUAACAGCAUCUGAUGAAGCGCUGUACUAAGUAUCGCCCUGCUUUGUUAUGUUUUACAUCAAUGUCUACAGCAGUUCAAACCAGACUGGGGUGUAAUAGUAUAUGGCAAUAAUAAGUCAUAGUGUUUCAAUGUGCUAUUCAGGUGGUAUCGGGUCAGUUUUCUAUCCCAGUGUCACUUAAGUUAAAGGGACAGUUCACCCCAAAAUUCAAAAUACAUAUUUUUCCUCAUACCUGUAGUAUCAUUCCAGAUUAUUUUGGUGUGAGUUGCCAAGUGUCAGAGAUAUUUGCUGUAGAGAUGUGCCUUCUCUCCAGUAUAAUGGAAGUAGAUGGCACUCAGCUAGUGGUACUCAAAGCACCAAAAAGUACAUAUAUAAAACUCAACAGCAAUUUUUUGUUACUCAAGAUAAUCCAUGAGUAGAUGCACAAUUCCUUCUGUGCGGUGAUACAGUUGGUGGAUGUAGUUUGAUAGAAAGAGAAUAGUUCCUACAUUAAACUGCUCACAACUACGUCUGUGGAUUAUCUUGAAUAACCAGAUUAUGAUUUCUGGGAAGUGACAUUGCUGUUGAGUUUUUCUUUUCUUCUGUGUUUUUUUUUUUUUUUUUGGCUCUUUGAACACCACAAGCCAAGGGCCAUCUAGUCCCAUUAUAUUGGAGAGAAGGCAGACAUCUCUACGGCGGAUAUAUUCAACACUCAGCAACUCACACCAAAACAAUCUCAAGUGAUAAAUAACACUACAGGUAAAAGGAAAAAUAUUUUGAUUUGGGAUUAACUGUCACUUUAACUACUAAAUACUAAUCUGGGCUUUCUGUAACACUGUAGUAUCCUAUUUGGCAAUACAAACAGCAACUGCAGCUUUGACAUAAUAACAUGUAACACCUAACCUUAUUGCUGGCAUUCAAAAUUGUAGAAACAUUGCCUUCUCUUAAAGAAAUGGUUCAUCAUUUUGAAAGAUAUGCUUAUUCGCUUUAUCGCAGAGAUAGGCAGGAGGAUUUAUAUCAUCCUCAUGCCUGUACGUUAACUAGUUACAGUAAGGAGACAGCUUAACAUGAAGCUUGGAAACAGGGGAACUGCUAGACUGGCUCUGUUCAAAAGGUAAAAAAAAUCCACCUACUAGUAUCUCUGUGUUAAUUAAUGAGCUUCAGAGGUGCUGGUAGGUGGAUAUUAGGUGGAUAUUUCUCUCUGGAUAGGCUAAUUGUUUUCCCUGGUUUCCAGUCUUUAUGCUUAGCUAACUUAGUGGUUUCAAUCUUCUCAUUCUCUCAACAACAAUAAAAAGCAACAAAGUCUUCCUUCUGAUUACUUACUCAGAGAAAUCAUAAUACUUAUUUCCCUCCCAUUUUUGCCCUUUUCCCUCUGCCACAAGUUUACAGUCUAGUGGUAUUAAUUAAAUGUUUUUUUAAUUAGAAACUUGAUUAUACCCUUAAGACCAUUAGAGACUCCUUAUCUAUCCAAAGUGCCUUUCAUUAAAGUUAACAUCUUUAUCUUCUGAUGCUACCCUCAAUUGCCAUACCAAACACUAAUGCAGAGCCUGCAAUGAUUGCUCUGGUAAUCAUUCCCUGCUGGGUAUAAAAAAAAAUCCAGAAAAAAAAAAUCUGCAUGGAAAUAAAAAUCAUUGUACUGCUAUCUGUGUUUUCAGUGAUGGACGUAAGUUGUAGUUUAUUUUCAGUUGGUUGAGCUGUAAUACCUGAUGCAUAGCUAUAAGCAUGUGGCCUGGAUUAAAGACAGUCCAGCUUAUCUAUCUGUGUAUCUAUCUAGCAUGUGCAAACAGCAUCAAGCUAACAUUAAACGAGUGACUGAACUGUGAAGUGACACUUCCUAAUUGUAUUACUUCAUCGUACCACUGAGGGGUAGCAUUGUGUCUUCAUUCAAAGCACUUCUCAGUGACAGAUUCAAGAAAUCCUUCCUAGCUUUACUGUCAAGAAUAUAUCAGUAUGUGCUUUUUAAAUAAUGAAAUAUGGUAAUGUAAAUGUGAAAGCAGGUUGAAUCCCAUUUCUGAUUGAUAAUCGGUUUUAAUCUAUUGUAUCGAUGAAGUCAUUUUGUAAAUACUGUACAGAUUAAUGUGUAUGUUGUAAGAAUUGAUUACGUGCUGCUGUUUGUGAAUUGUGUGUCUUUAAUUUUAAUGUAUAAAUAGUAGAUGUAAUUGUGCAUUGUGACCAUUGUGUCCAUGAGGAACAUAAAUGUAUAAUUGUAGUUAUGACCCUGAAGUGCCCCCAUACAUCCAACCCUCUGUUUAACGUGCUCAUUCAAAGUAUUUGCAUACAGUGUUGUGCAGUAAUCUCCAAUGUAAAUGUAAAUCAUUCUUUCACAGCUGAGUGACAUGCAGUGUAAUCAUACAAAGUAUACAAAUCAUAUGGAAAGCCUUGCAAACCCCUGUCCUCUGUACACAGUUUAUAAUAGACUCUUUCUAUUCUCUCAGGUGUCCCUUUGCAUGUGCUCUAAGUCCAUUUCCAAACAUUUUUAGACUGUGUAUGCCAUGGCUACACACCCUUCAUUCCCUACCAUUGUGUUUUUCCUGAUGUGACUUUUGACCAUGUUGCAACACCCUUCUGGUUUGGUUGAAGUGUUGACCUGUAUAUUGUACUUGUUAGCUCAGCAUGAGCCAUUUGCACUACAUUUAGUCUCAACAUCUCUACACUCUUUUCAAUAUCUUCUGAAUAAUGUUACAUUGAUGCCUUUUAUAUGUGUUCUGCAUGGCCAGUGCACGCUCUCUGUCGAGCAUAUCUGUUGUUAAAUGUUGAUGGUAGUUUGUCUUUAGUAUGACCUGGAUGGAAAGACCAGUCUAGCUAUGUUGACAUUGUGUCAAUUAUCAACCAAGUGAAAUUUGUCAUUAAAGUUGUAUUUACAUUUAGUUUUUAUGGGAUAACCCUUCUGAUUAAAGGUCCAGUGUGAAGGAUUUAUAAUGAGUCGUUUCUAUCUACAUACAGACAGGGUCCUCUUCAUGAAUGUAUAAGAGAACUGGAUAAAGAGUUGGAGGCGGGUCCCUAUUCAUUCCUGUGAAAGUUGCUCAGUGGUGCAUGAAGCCAAAAAAAGUCAAACUGCUGCAUACAAAAUUUCCCAAAUGAUAAGCACUGUUUUGCACUGUGUGGCCCAUAAACCAGGCGCACUAGAGACAUCUGCCGGCUGGAUGGCUACUUCCUGUUCAGUGCUCCAUUAACUUGAAUGGGGAUAGAAUAAUUCACUUGUGCAGCUCCUCUAGACUUUCCAAUAGUGAUCAGACGGAAUGGAUAAAAUCCUGAUAAUGAAAUGAGUCAUUUUGCAGCACUCGCACUCAAAAAAAUUUUUUUCACUGAUUUACGGAUGUCUCUUGCCUUCUAAGUCAAUGGGAAAAAAGUCUUUUUGGGCCAGAGAGCAUCAUGUGACUGUGUAAUUACACUGUUUGGCCCCUAUGAAAAUUGGCUUCAAAGGUGCACUUUCUGGAGGUCUGGUCCUCUUGUACGGAGUUCACCAUGUUGUUUGUGCAGUAGCCCAGAAUGGACAAACCAAACACUAGCUCUAGAUAGGGCCAUUCAUGUUGUGUGUUUUCGCAUCGGCCACCGUAGUUAAACUACACACUUGGCACACAGGAAAAGUUUCAGUUGGUUGCAAUCUGUAAUCUCACCACUAGAUGCCACUAAAUCCUACACGCUAGACCUUUAACCCAUGUGGUGAGGAGAAUGUGUUUUCCAAAUCCAUGUGUCCCCAGUAGCCUCAGUAGCAUCUGAUAAGGUUUGGGGUUGCAUGCUAACAUUUUAGCACACACUGCAUUGAGUGAUAGCUAACCAGCAUUAUUCAAAGUAAGACUGUGCUGUAAAAAAGAGUACUUACAGCUGUGUUAUUAUAGUAGAUGAACAGUCAGUGGAUUCAUUCCAAACAAAAUGAAAGACUAACUCACUGUGGCUAGUGUUACCCAUUUUAGCUUUUUAUUUUGUAUCGUUAGAAUACCACUGACUCCAAUUUCUAACCAGUGUCACCUUCUGUGGGGAAAAAAGAAUUAAAGAAACUUGCCACACAAAACUGCCAUUGACUGAAAACCAUCUGAGACUGUUUAUCAUUUAGCUUCAGAGCAGCUACAAGUUUUCAUUUGUCCACCAUUGAUACAGUGCUGGUGUUGCUCUCACCUUUUACUGCCACAGUGGGGCCCAUAGCAAAUUGUGAUAUUCUGCAUGUUAGCUAAUCAUCCUA